GAGAAGAAGAAAGAAGCCGAGGGUCUCCUGCGCGGGGUCCGCCUGACCGGCCGCGCCGGGUCUGUCCGCAGGGUGCCCCGCAGCUGCCGCGCUCCGCCGUGCCCUGCCGAGGAGCCGCGGGGCGUCGCCGGCCUCCAGCGGGGGUUCCAUGAGUCGCGGGCGGGCAGCCCCGGCAGCGCCCCUCGCCCGCUGCUGUCCCGGCUCCGGCGGCGGCCCGCGGAGGCGGUGAGAUGGGGGGAAGCCUGGGCUGCCACCGCUCCAUCCCCCGCGACCCGGCGGACCUGUGCCACAGCCGCAAGUUCAGCGCGGCGUGUAACUUCAGCAACAUCCUCGUCAACCAGGAGAGGCUCAACAUUAACACGGCCACGGAGGAGGAGCUGAUGACCCUCCCCGGGGUCACCCGGGUAGUGGCUCAGAACAUCGUGGAGUACCGGGAGUACAUCGGUGGCUUCAAGAAGGUGGAGGACCUGGCGCUGGUGAGCGGGGUGGGGGCGGCCAAGCUGGAGCAGGUGAAGUUCGAGAUCUGCGUGAGCAGCAAGGGCAGCUCGGCGCAGCACUCGCCCAGCUCCCUGCGCAAGGACCUGGCCUCCGAGCACCACCUCUCCGCCACCAAGAUCAACAUCAACACCGCCACCCCGGCCCAGCUCAUGAGCAUCCGCGGCGUCACCGAGAAGAUCGCCAACAGCAUCGUGGACUACCGCAAAGAGCACGGCCCCUUCAAAAGUAUCGAGGACCUGGUGAAGAUGGACUGCAUCAAUUCCUCCUUUCUGGACAAAAUCAGGCAUCAGAUCUUUGCAGAGAGGUCCCGGCCUCCUUCCACCAACACCAACGGUGGCCUCAACUUCACUGCUAAGCCUCACCCCAGCCCCACUUCUCUGAGCCUCCAGAGUGAGGACUUGGACUUUCCUCCUGGUGGUCCGACCCAGCUCAUAUCCACUCGCCCCUCUGUGGAGAUGUUUGGUGGGGUGAGAGACGGAAGACCUGUCCUGAGGGUGGCUACCUGGAACCUGCAGAGCUGCUCGGUGGAGAAAGCCAACAACCCAGGCGUGCGGGAGGUGGUGUGCAUGACGCUGCUGGAGAACAGUAUCAAGCUUUUGGCUGUGCAGGAGCUGGUCGAUAGAGAAGCCCUGGAAAAGUUUUGUAUGGAGCUGAACCAGCCGACGCUGCCGAACAUCCGCAGGUGGAAGGGCUUGAGGGGAUGCUGGAAGGGUGUUGUCUCUGAGAACCUCUCAGGCCAGCUCCACAAGGGAGCUGAAUACUCUGGCUUCCUGUGGGAUACCACAGCUGGCAUUGAACUGAAAGAUGCUUCAUCUCAGGAGGCUGCCCAGACCAAUGGCAACGGGAGGCACUCAUACCCUCACCCAUACCUGGCACAUUUCAAGGUUGGUUUGAACGAUCUGACGCUGGUGAACCUGCACUUGGCCCUGCCGCCCUCGGCGGGGGACGGCGCCGGCAAGAGCCACGACAGCCACAAGCUGGCAGCCUUUGCACAGACUUUGCAGGAGACUCUCAAAGGAGAAAAAGAUGUGAUCAUCCUGGGAGACUUUAACCAGGCUCCAGACAGCAGCGACCAUGACAUCCUGAAGAAGGAGAAGUUCCAUCACCUGGUGCCUUCCAGCACCUUCACCAACAUCAGCACAAAGAACCCCCAGGGCUCCAAAUCCCUGGAUAACAUCUGGAUCAGCAGGAGCUUGAAGAAGGUUUUCACAGGCCACUGGGCUGUGGUGAGAGAAGGCCUGACGAACCCCUGGAUCCCUGACAACUGGUCCUGGGGGGGGGUGGCUUCAGACCACUGCCCUGUGCUGGCUGAAUUUUACCUGGAGAAGGAGUGGAGCAGGAAGGAGGUGCCGCGGAACGGGAACGGGCUGACGGUGGAGCGCAGCGACUGCCACGCCAGGCACGAGCGGUGACACCCAGGGGAGAGCUCCCCUGCUGCUCCCCGGGGGGCAGCUGCAGCCUCUGCCACACAGGCAUCAGCAGCACAGCAGGACUGGCUCCCCUCCCCCUCCUCCUCGCUCUCCUACCUGCACCUAGGGAGCAUCAGCCCUUGGUUUGGGUGGCAGCGGCUUGGUGCCCCUCCUGGACACUGGUGAGGGCUCUCAGGGCAGCACGGCAAGCUGCAGCUUGCUCUGAGGACAC